AUGAUGAAGGGACAUGGGAACUACAUGCCACCGGCCGGAGGAAAUCCGGGGGUGGCUGUAGUGGGACCACAAUUUAUGGUACCAUACCCGAUUGAUCUAACAAUCCAACGUAAGAUGCUGACAUUGUCAGAAGGCAAUUUUAAUGUAACUGAUUCUAAUGGUACCCUCAUGUUCAGCAUCAAGGGUAGAUUAUUGAGCCUUCGUGAUCGUCGUGUCUUGCUUGAUGUCUAUGGUAAUCCCGUUGUUUCUCUCCAGCAAAAGGUUUUAAGUCUGCACCGGAGAUGGGAAGUUUAUAGAGGGGAUAGCACAGACUCGAAAGACAUACUCUUCACUGUAAAGAAGUCACACAUCCUUCAACUUAAAACUGAAUUGGAAGUCUUCUUGCCAUCUAACACCUCUGAACGCCACUAUGAUUUCAAGCUCAAAGGCAGCUGGUUUGAGAAAGCAUGUACCAUUUAUGCCGGGAAUCAUUCAAAUGUCAUAGCCCAGAUGCGCAAGGUGCAUAGUAUUACCAACGUCGUGUUUGGAAAGGACAAAUUUCUCGUGACAGUGUACCCACAUGUUGAUUAUGCCUUCAUCGUUACCCUCAUAGUGAUUUUGGAAGAAAUUAAUGAAGAUCGCAAAGACGAAGACUAGAUCAGGGCUGGCAACUAAGUUAGUAUGUUUAAGUAUUCAUACACUAGUGUGGCUAUCCUUCCCUGUUGUUUGCAGCUUGUCUGUCAAAAUUUUGUUGCUUAAGAAGUUAAUAUGGAAUAAAUGUCUGAAUGGUUUUGUUUUGCAA